GCAGCUCUUCUGCUUCAUCUCUUUAGUUCAAGAGAAAAACUGUCAGACAGCAGCAUGCUGCCACCAAACCUCCUGAUUGUGUCGAUAGUCAUCCUUCUGGCCACUACGGCAUCUUUGGCGCCUGUGGAGGAGAAGGAGGUGGAGGAGGUGGAAACGGAGGCCACAGAGAUGUUGGAGGGGGAGGUGUCUGAGGAGGAGGAGGAUGAUGAUGAUGACUCCAAGAGUCAGGAUAAUAUUGAUGGAGCUCUGAGGGGUCAGCAGACCACCGUGUCGGCAGCGGCAGCCGGAGGUUCAGCUUCCAGCAGUCAGUCCAUAGAGACGGGUCCACAUGUAGCAGCAGCAGGAGGUUCAGGUCAUGGAGGUGAUCUCUCCUCUGUUGAUUUAGCAGCAGCUGGACAUCUAAGCAGCUCUUCAGGCUCUGCAGUUUCUCCAGGUUCUGAAGGUUCCACGGGUUCUGCAGCCUCUGUAGGUUCUGCAGGAUCUGCAGGUUUUGUGGGCUUAGCAGAAUCUGCAGGUUCUCCAGGGUCUGUAGGUUCCAUGGGUUUUGCAGGUUCUGUAGAUUCUGCAGGCUUUGUAGGAUCUGCAGGCUCUGCUGGUUCUGUAGAUUCUGCAGGCUUUGUAGGAUCUGCAGGCUCUGCAGGUUCUGUAGAUUCUGCAGGCUUUGUAGGAUCUGCAGGCUCUGCAGGUUCUGUAGAUUCUGCAGGCUUUGUAGGAUCUGCAGGCUCUGCAGGAUCUGCAGGUUCUGUAGAUUCUGCAGGAUCUGCAGGCUCUGUAGAUUCUGCAGGAUCUGCAGGCUCUGCAGGUUCUGUAGAUUCUGCAGGCUUUGUAGGAUCUGCGGGCUCUGCAGGUUCUGUAGAUUCUGGAGGAUCUGCAGGUUCUGUAGAUUCUACAGGUUUUACCAAUUUGGGAGGAUUCCCAGGUUCUGUAGCAGUUGAAAUCUCGGGUGUUUCUGCAGGUCAAACUCACUCAGCAGGAGCUGAUCACCUCCCAAGCUCAUCUAAAACAGACAUGAAUGGUCCUGAUGGAGUAGACUCAGAGACCAAUGGUAAUGGACAGAAACUGCUGAACGGUGGAGGAGGUGGGGCAGGAGUCGACAUUCAGACUGGAAUUGUUGAUUCGUCCAGUCAUGACUACCUGCUCAACUUAAUGGGUGGAGGUUUGAUGGAUCCUUUCAGUACAGAUGGACAUGUUCAUAUUCCAGCUCACUUGACCCCACCACCUUUACACAACUUCUCAGUAAUAGGUCCCGGUGUGACAGUAGCAGUACCUGGUGGACAGAACAUCCAGGGCUCGCCUGCAGAUUCUUCUCAUCACUCUGCAGGAAGCACUGACCAAUCAGGAGUAGGCGGCACCUCACUGAGUUCCGGAUCUGACCAAUCACUGCCCAGGCCUUUCUCGGGUUCAACCCAAUCUGCAGUUUCUUCAACAUCUUUAUUAGACAACGGCACCGGAGCUCACCAAGAUGGAGCAGAAUCAUCUAAUAAUAAUGGAAACGGUAGACAGACUAUGCUGUCAGACAUGAAUGGAGUGACGGAAAGAAUAGUUUCCCUCGGCGAGGCUCACACUCAGAGCCUGCAAAUGCAAACUGAUCUCACAGGUGGAACAGAGUCUGUAACCAGUCUUCAUGUUGGCCUCACAAAUUCAGGUCUUGGCCGUGAUGUCACAGAGCGGUCUCCCAUCACUCUGAGCAUAGAGUCUGCAGCCGCCGUCACCGACUCGCCGAGCCCAGCUUCAGGUGUUUAUUCCAACACAGAGCAGGUUACUGUGAUGGCAGACUCCACAGGUACAGACACAGUUACAGCACAUCCAGCAGGGACUCCGUUUGACUCCACUCAUCCAGCGGGGACAGAUCACACACAGAUGGCUGGUUGGGCUUGUCCUCUGCAGGUUCAGUCACUGAACAGUACAACCCAUCUGGUCAUGGUCCUGAAGGUGCUGAAAAUGUGGAACUGGAGGAUAUCUGCUGACUUCCACAUCAAGCCACGCGUGCGAUUCAUUCGUUUUCAAAUUCCGUGUACCGACCAAUCAGCAUGGCCCGGGAAUUCUGACUCCACCCACUAGCUGUAGACCCCGCCUCCUACCAAAUGAGAAAUGUUCCCUUUUGUUGUUUAAAUAUUUAAAAACAAAAAUGUUGUUUAUGGACGUUUAUUUUGUUUUAGGCCAUCUCCGGGUCCUCUUCACUGGUGCAUGAUCCGGCUAGAAGUGAGGACAGAAUUAAGGUGUAUUGUGUCAACAACUGUUGACAAGUUAAAUGUGCGAAAGUGGAAAAUAAAUUGGACUUGCUCAUCACUUCUCAAGCUGGAAUAUAUCUGAUAAUUAACUGAUUCAGGCGUGUUAUGUUGCUUGGCAUCACAAGCCCAAGUGGUUUAUAUGAACAGAGCGUCUUCACCACUUGCCUUGAAUGCAUCUUUUUAAUGGUUUCUGCACCCACCUGAGUUGCCACCAGUUAGAGCUCAUGUGCAAAGGAUGAAGACCCACUUAAAAGGGGACUUUAAGUAAUAAUAAUUCAGGUAAAUCUCGACCAUCUGAUUCUGUUUUAACGGCAUCAUACAGAAUGUGAUUGUAAAUUGUGGUUUUGAAAUUCUACAAUAAAAUUUUGUCUAUUUUGAACAUCAAA